GAAUCCUCACCGCUGCACCUGCCAGCUCCAGCUGCUACUAAAGCCUGUACAAAGCCCGACGCAUACGCAGGAACGUGCUGUAUCCAUGCGUCGUGGACCUUGUAGCCGAUUUUCACUGAUCUGGCAGUGAGCACCUGGACAUACCGACAUAUACUCUAAUCCAUUCAGGGGAUUCUACAUGAAGAACACCCCAAAACACCGAACACGCGUGCUUUUCGCUGUUUCUUGUCUUGUCUUGUAUUUUCUUGAGUCAUUUUCCCAAUGUCGCCGUCUGCUGUUUCUACAACAGACACCAACUGCAAUGUUGUCAUUUUUGGACAAACAGGCCAUGGUAAAAGCUCCUUGGUCAAUUUGAUCGCUAAGACGCAGAUGGCCCAGACAUCCCGCGACUCUUUGGGAUGCACCGCUGAACCCCGCAAGUACGUCGUUUUGAUUGAGAGCGAGACCCUGAAGGUAAAGCUUCACGAUACACCCGGUCUUGGUGAGGGCUCUGAAGGAGUAGUCCCUGAUAAGGAAGCUCGAGAAGCUUUGAAGAAACUCCUUCGGAGUCUUCGAGAUGACGUUCAUCUCCUCGUGUACUGUGUGCGGGGUGUGAGGGCGACGAGGGCGCUCUACCCCAAUUACGACUUCAUCCGUUCUGUUGUGAAGGAGACAGUUCCAAUCGUUAUUGUCGCCACAGGUUUAGAAGACAAAGAACCAGAAAUGGAACAAUGGUGGACGGAUAAUGAGCAAUCUGUCUCAGACCUCGGGAUGACCUUUGCUGGCCAUGCAUGUGUCACCGCGUUGACUGUCGACCGAUAUUCGGGGGAUAGGUUCAUACAACGCCACCACCAGUCAUACAGCGCCGUCUGCCGACUCAUCGAACAGUGUCGCUUGCCGGGAGAGAUUCAACCUCAAAGGCAAAAGACUAUCGUAAUCUUUGGAGAGACGGGAGCAGGCAAAAGCUCACUCGUCAAUCUCAUGGCGGAAAAGGACGUAGCUUACACAUCUGCUGACAUGCAACGCUGUACGUUGAGGUGGCAAGAGCAUGUCAUCAGCUUCAGUGGCGACUCGUAUACGGUUUUCGAUACCGUCGGACUCGAGGAACCGCAGCUGGGAAUCAAGGAGUACCUCGAGACUGUCGAGAACGCCUAUCAGCUCAUCAAGCAUUUGGAUAAACAAGGAGGCAUCGACCUGCUUCUAUUCUGUGUUCGCGCCGGUAGAGUCACUGCUACGCUUCAGAGCAAUUACCGGCUCUUUCACGAAUUCCUCUGCGAGAAGAAGGUUCCCAUUGUUCUUGCGAUCACGAACCUCGAAAGAGAGGAGAGGAUGGAGGACUGGUGGGUGAGAAACGGGAGCACCUUCAAACGAUAUCAGAUCGAGGUCGCUGGCCAUGCAUGCAUCACCGCCGCUAAUAGGUCGGAUGGCAGACACAAAGACCUUUAUGAACAAUCGCGCACCACGAUGCGCAAGAUUGUUCAGGAGUUCACUGCUGACGGGCAGAAGAAUGCGUGGAUAGGAGGAGACAACCUGUUCGUGUCGUUGACGCGUAAGCUGAAGGGGUUAGUUUCAGGGGAAGGUCCGGCUGUGAAAAGGAAGGAUCUCGUCGAUUAUUUCACGAAGCGUUUGGGAUUGUCUCGAGAAGUCGCGAAACAGUUGGCUGAUAUGAUCAAGCAAGACGACAGAGCGGCCACUUGACUUUCUGUUUUCGAUAACCUAUGCUC